GUCGCUAUUCUCGUGGGUGAGAGCCAAGAACGUCUGUGGUGACGAGCUGGUUGACGACCGAUCUGACCCGAACUGGCUGACUGUCGCUAUUCUCGUGGGUGAGAGCUAAUAACGUCUGUGGUGACGAGCUGGUUGACGACCGAUCUGACCCGCACCGACUGAGGUGCCCUCUCUCCUACAUCUUGCAGAGUCGGCGGUGACCUCAUCGGUGGCGAUUGACUGGCUUACGAAAGACUUCCCUUGCGCAUCUGGUGAGUUGCAGAGAGGCGACAGUCGAGCGAGUGACCAUGGACGACUUUGACGAGCUUCCACUGGAUGUGGAUGAGCUCCAUACCAUCAUCCGCCAGCUGCAACACACCUUGGUCUCGCAACCGAUGCCACUCCCGCCAGCAGCUCAUGUGGGGGCGGUGCUGCUGUAUCGUCUCGUGUUGCGUCUAUGCAUGCAUCGAUGGGUGCAUCAACUGCUGGCGGCGCGAGCGGCGGCCGUGGCAUGGCUCUCCCUCGCAAGGCUGCAGUUGCUGCUUUUUCAGUCGAUGCGGCUGCUACGUUCUGGGACACGCUGCCUGCAGAGGUGAUGGAGGAGGCCAUGGAGAUUGUCCACACGGUGGUAAGACACGCCGCUGCGCCACAGCGUCCGCUGGUUGUCGAGCUCGGGGACGACGGCGGGCGGGUGGUAUUCUCGGCACCGCUGGAGGCGGUGGCGUUUGCGCUCAAACUGCAAGUUGAUUUGCUGUCUGCGCCGUGGCCCGAGGAGCUGCUGGAGCUCCCGAGCGCGGCGCUGGAGCGGUCGCUCACAGGAAGCGUCAUUUUCUGCGGACCUAGACUCGCUAUGGGUCUCCACUGGGGCGGGUUGAGCGGGCGAGACGCGUCGCUUGUCCGUGCGUUGGCCGAGAGCGCAUGGGGCGGACAGGUGCUGGCCACCGAGUCGCUGUGGCAUAAGGUCGACGCCAAGCUGUACUCACUGGAGACCAAGACGUCUGCCAUUGGGCUGGGGCCGACCUCGCUGACGGGGUGGCCGUCGCCGGUCCCAGUCUUUGCCAUCACUUCGGAAGCGCUUGUCGACCGGCGGUUUGGCGCCAUCGCCAAUCUUUCAGGUCUUCCCGUGGGAACGCGUGCUGAGGCGACGGUGCAUGCAGGUAUGGCAUCGACACCGUCGCUGGCGACUAGUACAGAGGAGAUCGGUCUCUCUGCAGCGGGUGGGUCGGUGGCGACCAGAGGACCGGGCAAGACUCGAAUCAUGUCGGCGGCGCAGCAGGCGAUUCUCCGGCAGAUUGUCCUCCUUCUCGAUCGAGUCCACCAACUGCUCUCGCAGACGGGCUUGAUUUCGAGCAGCCUGGAAAAAUCGAUUUCGCGGACCAAGGCGCUGGCGCACACGCUCGACCGUCUCGGCUUUGACAUCCAGUCGCGGAAGCAGGCAGCUGUGCUCCGCGAGACGCUCGGCCGGAUCAUGGUCAUGGGCCGCGAGCAAGGGUUCAUGCUCGAGCGGCUGGAGAAGUUUAUCGAGACGUCGGAGGACUUUGAGUCGCGUGUGGCGACCGUCGAGUCGCAGUUCUCGCUCGAGGUGCGGAUGCUGCUAGAGAAUGAGGCGUUUGCCGAGCCGCGAGGCGUUGCCGACCGGCUGCUGCCGCCGCUGGGUGAUGACGCCGAGGCGGGCAUGCCCGAGCUCAGCGGGUGGGACGGUGACAUUGCGCGGACACAUGCCGAGAUCCAGCUGCCGAAGAUCCGGCUGGAGGAUGUGCUCAAGAGCGAUGCCGGUGGGUCUGGUGGCGAGAGCGAAGGCGGGGCGUCUGGUGGUGGGUCGAGUGCGCCACCGACGCCAGGCGUGCGAGGUACCGUGCCUGUGGGGGUGCUUCGCAAGCGUGUUGCGCAAGUCAACCAGGUCUACACCAAAUACAUCCGGAAGGCGCAGGAGAAGCAGCGGAACGACCGGGUGGCUAUUCGCGCGCUGCGCAAGCGGGUCUCGGAGCUGAGCAAGGAGAACGAGCAACUUCAGUUCCGCCUGCAACACGGAAUGACGGGCAUGCCGCAGAAGCUGGCCUCGUCGCAGGGAUCGCUCCUCGUCGGCACCGGGUUUGCGCACGAAGACUCGAUUACACGGUCCCAGGUCGGGCGGGCGUUGGCGUCGCUCGACAACGUGCCGAUCGACAAGGCGUUCCAGAAGCGGCUGACCAAGAAGAUUGCGGCGCUGAGCAAGCGGGCGCAGCGGCGAUGGUCCCGAGUCGGCCUCCGGCAGUUGGCGCAGUCGCGGCGUAUUGGCAAGUACGGGCCGACCUCUCUCCGCAAGAAGCGCAAUCUCGAAUCGCCGGAGCCCGUGCCGGAGGGUGAGGACGAGGUCGAGAGCCAGCGGUCGCGGCCUCGGUCGUCGUCAGGUGAGCGAUCGUUGUCGGGCGGGCGGCGGCGUGUGCCACGCCAACCGCAACCGUCGCCGCUCUCGCGCUAUCCUGCGUCGGGAGGGCGGAGAGGGCGAGAGUCCAACGCGCGCGCGCUGUCGCAGCCAUCGUCGAAGCAUGGCAGGAGCCAAGGCAGGCACGGCGAUGCUGCGCAAUUCGAACCGUCGACGUCGUCGUCGUGUGGCUCGAUGUCAUCGUCACGGUCGUACUCGGACCCGACCGCCACCAUGCGGUCGUUCACAUCGACGUGUUCGUCGUCGUCGACGGGCUCGGGCACGUUCUCGAGCUCGGGCGGGCGUCAGAAAGGCGAGGUGGUGGAGAAGACGUGGUCCGACUCGGACACGUACUCGAGCUCCAGCUAAAUGAACAGCAGGGCAG